GCGCUUCGUGUUGUUGCGGUUCUGGAAUUCACUGUCAUAAAGUGGAAUGUCAGUUUGCAGUAGCGUCAGCUGUGUCGGACUUUAUUGAACGGAGUACAGUCGUAGGCUUUGGGAAAUAUGGCAUCAGCACAGGCAGCCUUAACAUUUGCUAUUUGUAUAUUAAUGAUAUCAGAAUUAAUAUUGGCAAAAAAGGACUACUACGAUAUUCUGGGAGUGCCAAAAAGUGCAUCUGAACGGCAGAUAAAGAAGGCCUUUCACAAGCUUGCAAUGAAAUACCACCCAGACAAAAAUAAGAGCCCUGAUGCUGAGGCAAAGUUCAGGGAAAUAGCUGAAGCAUAUGAAACCUUGUCAGAUGAGAAAAGAAGAAAAGAGUAUGAUCAGUUUGACUAUCGGGCGUUUACAAAUUCUGAAGGUGGGAAUGGACAUCAUUUUGAUCAGCCAUUCAAUUUUAACUUCGAUGAUAUGUUUAAAGAUUUUGACGUGUUCAGUCAGAAUCACCAAGCUCGUCAAAAAAAGCAUUUUGAAAAUCACUUCAGAGCUCACCAGGAAGCCCACCGGAAACACAAGCGACAUUUUCAAGAGUUCUCUUUUGGAGGGGGGGUCUUUGACGACAUGUUUGAAGACAUGGAAAAUAUGUUUUCCUUCAGUAGUUUGGACAAUACUCGGAGGCACACAGUACGAACUGAGAACAGGUUUCAAGCAUCUGGGAAGCAGCACUGCAGAACUGUCACACAACGAAGAGGAAAUAUGGUCACCACAUACACAGACUGUUCAGGAUCAUAAGUUACAAUGUUUCUUACCUUCUUGGAUACAGUUGUUAACACCAAACAAUCAGAUUUAAGUAUCUAGUGUUUUUUUUUUUGUUUUUUUUUCAAUAAUGCAGUCAUAUUUAACAUUUUGUCAAACUAAAACCUUGAGUGAAUUGUUAUUCAUGAGUAGGAUUGUGAUUGUUUCUUCACAUACACCUAAUCUUUAAUCAUAUAUAUAUAGUAAUAUAUAUAUUUUUAUAUAAAGAAUGUGCUGCAGACAUAACCUCAACAUUUACUCACAUUUGCAAUACAAUUCAUAUUGGGCCCAUUUUAGAACACCCUGCAAUUAGGAAGUUCCAAUUGGUAGACCUCAGUUUGUUUGUAGUUCUUAUCUACCCAAAUGUAGUAAAUAUAUACAGACUUUUUUUUUAUUGUUAGCAGUAAUCCAGUAAAAACAAACAAAAAAGAAAGGUAAUUGUACUUUUCCAGGAAUGGAUACUCAUUAAUGUCAGCAGGUUCAUCUUUAAAAAAAUAUAUAAUAAUAAUAAUAUGACGGCCAGAUUUAAAACAUUCAAAUCUAAUUUGUAAACUAAAGGUUAUGGUAACACAUUUCUCAUAUUAGUUUGAUAUCAAAUUAAAACAUGCAGAAGAUGGUAGACCUUGAUGUAGUUUAAAUGUAUACAUGAUUUAUGCUGAAGUGUACAUAAUACUCCUUAUCAGUUAAUACUCAAGAAGGCUAAAACUACAUCUGCUUUCAAUAACGAUCUGAAUUUCUGUAGUGUUAGGUUCUGUUACCUCAUGUCCUCUGUAGAGUCUGUGAUGGAUAGAUUUAUAAUGUGCAAUAUGUCAAGCCAGCUUUUCUCUUUUCCUGUUUCCUAAUUCUUUUCAUUCAUUGCUGGUUUUAUAUUAAAUGUUCAAUUUAUGUACAGCUGAACUGUAAUGCACUUUCUUUGUUGCACUUAUUCCUAUGGAUACAAUUUGUGUACAUGAGUCUUAUAUAAUGAGUGCACGUGUGAAAAAAUAAAAUAUAAAAUCGUGUAAAAUCUAAA